GUGGGCGUUUCCCAUCGGGCCUUGCGGCGGCGGCGGCGCGGGCUGCGGGAAUGAGGUAGGAGCGGGAGGGGGCGGGGGAGCGCGCGGCAGGAAACUCGGCGGCCAGGCGGCAGCGAGGCGGCAGCCCGCGAGCGAGCGAGCGAGCCAGCGACGCAGGGAGGCAGCCCGGCAGCGGCGCCAUCGCCCGGCCCCAUGGCGGAGACCAAGGAAACACAUGAGGAACAUGAUACUUCAACUGAAAAUGCAGAUGAUUCUAACCAUGAUCCUCAGUUUGAACCUAUAGUUUCCCUUCCUGAGCAAGAAAUAAAGACUCUGGAAGAGGAUGAGGAAGAGCUUUUUAAGAUGCGAGCAAAGCUAUUCCGAUUUGCAUCUGAGAAUGACCUUCCAGAAUGGAAAGAACGAGGAACUGGUGAUGUAAAACUCCUGAAGCACAAGGAGAAGGGAACAAUUCGCCUCCUCAUGAGGAGGGAUAAAACCCUAAAAAUCUGUGCAAACCAUUAUAUCACACCCUUAAUGGAGCUGAAGCCUAAUGCUGGGAGUGACAGGGCAUGGGUCUGGAACACACAUGCUGACUUUGCAGAUGAAAGCCCUAAGCCUGAACUUCUGGCAAUCCGAUUUUUAAAUGCAGAGAAUGCGCAGAAAUUCAAGGCAAAAUUUGAAGAAUGCAGAAAUGAGGUAGACAAGAGAGCAAAGAAGGCAGGCACAGACAAAAAUGAUAGUGCUGAUAAAGUUGCUGAAAAACUAGAAGAGCUUUCUGUAAAGGAAGAGAGCAAAGAAUCUGAGAAGAAAGAGACCAAGGAAAAAACUGAAGAAAAGCAAUAAAUCAUCCUGGGCCUUGUGGUUUUUCCUUUACUUUUUUCUUUUUCUUUUCUUUUUUUUUUUUAAUUUUUACAAGGGACUUUAUAAGAAACUGAAUUCAACAUUCAGGUUGUUUUUUCUAAGCUUUUGCCCUUUUGAAGAUGUCUUCAGAAAAUCCAUUCCCCAGUCAUGAAAAUGUACUGUGCUAACUUUCUUUUCCAUAGUGGAAACACUUAUUUAUAGUCAUCCAAAAGAGUGAAUAAAACAAACUUGAAAACA